GUUACUGUUAUUGUUAAUUAAAAGAGAUUGAAAAAAAACCAUGUUGGCCAUUAAUGAUUAUAAAUUUUGGCUAUUAAUGUAUCGUAUAUUUCCAAAAAAUAUUAUCGAUACAGUAUUUACGAUAAUAACAGCCAUACAACUUUAUUUACUUGGUGCACGUUAUGUUCUUAAAGAAAUACAUCGAAAAUUAUCAUCAAAAGUAAGAAAAUUAUCCGCCAAUGAACCAGAUAUACCAGAUGAUUUAACUGAUUAUGUUGCCGUUGUAACUGGUGGUUCACGUGGUAUUGGUCUUUCAGCGGCUAAAGAUUUAUAUCGUCGUGGUUGUAUUGUAAUUGUAACAUCAUCGGCAUCAAGCCAAAUGGAAAGAGAUAAAAUGGCUGAAGAAGCAAAAGAAUCGGUAAAACCAACAAAUAAUAGUGGUAAUAUACUUGUAUGGCCAAUCGAUUUUCGUGAAAUGUCAAGCGUUUUUGAUUUUGUUGCACGUUUUAAUAAAGAAUAUGGUAGUCUUGAUAUUUUAAUCAAUAAUGCUGGUGUUAUGUUUGUGGAUAAAAAUUUUACAUCCGAUGGUUUUGAAUAUCAUUAUCAGAUUAAUUAUUUAAGUCAUGUAUUACUUACAUGGUUAUUAUUGCCUGCAUUGAAUAAAGCAGAUAAAAAAGGACCAGCACGUGUUGUUAAUGUAUCAUCAUCAACACAUUAUCCACGUUGUGCAUUUCUUGAUGAUCUACAAUCACAAAUAACACCAUAUUCAGCAUUCCAUGCAUAUGCACAAUCUAAAUUAUGUCAAAUUAUGUUUACAUAUUAUAUGGCUAAUUGGUUACGUAGUGAUGUUGGCCAAUCAUAUCGUGUAUUGAUUAAUUGUUUACAUCCAGGUGUUGCAAUGACUGGUCUUUAUCAAUAUGUUUGGUGGGUACGAUUAUUUCCUUGGCUAGCAUCAUUUCUAUUUCGUACGGCUGAUGAAGGUGCCGAAACGGUCAUUUAUUGUGCAUUAUCAACUGAAGUUGAAUCCAGUGGCUAUUAUUAUGAAGAUUGUUCAUCAUUACGUUCAUCAAAAUUUUCAAUGAAUAAAAUCUAUCAGAAUCGUUUGGCCGAUUUAACUCGUAAACAAUUGGCUAAACUUAUUGAAAAAUAUAAUCAAACAUAUCCCGAAUAUAAAGUACCACAGAUAUUGGCCUAUUAAUUACUUAUUGAUAAUCACACUGAAAAACCAUUCCAAAAUUUUUAUUAUUAUUAUUCCAUGACUAAUGAAGUUGUUUC